UGCAAACUCGGUAGAAGAGCAGACAUUUUUGAUAGCAAAAUUGUGCGAGCAAGUGAAGUGUUUUUCUUCGUCUUUUUUUUCCCCCUUUGGAUGUCUGAACUGAAGUAGUGUUUCACCUGCGCUCCACGUAAAGUAUGUAUUAAAUGCAUCAAAUACGUUAUCCUCACAACUGGCAAUGAAAGUCGUAUUUGGUAUCGAGUGAAGCAUAGUGUUUUAAUAUUGGUUGCAUGUUCUUCGAAAUAUAAAAGGUAUAAAAGUGAUCACAAGGAGAAGAGAAGAAAAAUCCUUCGCUAUUCGGAUAGGUAGGAUCUCCGAUGUAGGAUGAAUAAAGUGAAUAACAGAUGAGAGCAAACGCGGCAACCCUGUAGUGUCUGUGUGAUAUUUGGUCAUUGUAGCAGUAGCCUCUGAAAAGGAAUAAUCGACAGACGGAGGCCAUUGUAUUGCUUGCCGAGGCGACAAAACUAUUACGGCGGUGCUAAACACAGAGAGUGGUAAAAGCCUCAUAUUUUUAUAUAAAGACUGAAAUCUUCCUUCAAUAAUCAACCUACCACAUAAUGGCUUGUGCAACGCUAAAACGUUCACUCGACUGGGAAAGUCUGAAUCAAAGACCAGCGAAGCGCCGGAGGUGUCAUCCUUUCGGUAACCCCAGCAGCAGCAACGCCCAAAAUAGCCCGUCAGCAUCUUCCUCUUCGGGCAGUACGAUGCGCGUGAUGGAACCGAAGCCUUCGCCAUUCGCUGAAGCAGCUUGCCCAAAGCUGACCCCAGAAAAAAUGGCCCAAAACAUCACCGAAGAGAUCAAAAGACUGCACCGCCGUAAGCAGCUGACAUUCAACACAGGCACCAUGGAGCGAAUGCAGGACUCAGAAUCAAGCGGUUCCGAAAUGGGUCCGGAUAGCCCGCGUAGACCGGAAAGUCCACCGAGUAUGGUGAAGAAUCCGGAGAAGGCGCUGUUCACAUUCAAACAGGUACAAAUGAUCUGUGAGCGUAUGCUUAAAGAAAGAGAAGAUGCCUUGCGAGAACAGUAUGAUGCCGUUUUGACCACCAAACUUGCAGAACAGUAUGACGCAUUUGUGAAAUUCACAUACGACCAAAUACAGAGACGUUACGAAGCGGCACCCAGUUAUCUCUCCUAAUCAACAUGUUGACAGAAGUUGCAAUUGCAGUAAUAAUUGAAUGUUAAUACGCAUCCACUCAAUGCAGCAGCAACAACCAUACACACAAAUCUAAACGUUUGAAUAUCUUUAUAUCUAUGUCUUACUGAAUACAGCUUUUUUUUAUUUGUACUGGUUUCUAUUCUUCAUCGUACCUAUUGAUGUGUUAAAAGCGAACAAAGAUGUAGGUUCUGUACUAAUCCAAUCGAUGAAACAACUACACCGUGCUAGUUUUUCAUUCGUUCGUAAGCAUAUGUUGUUAAGUUCCACUUAACAGAUCUUCAGGAUAAAAGUUAAUUAACUUUUCGAUCCGUACCUAGUUUCGAGUACUUUAGGAGAAAAUAUCCUUUCGCAAACCAUUCUUAGUACUAUUAUACAAUUGAGGAAGACAGUCCAAUAGCGGGCAUCAAUUUGAAUGCUACUACAAUUGAAAUUGAAAAAUAUAACCCGAAAACUAUUCGAUCAAUAACUAAACUGUUGGAGCCAGCAGUAGAAUCGUUUUGUUGAUCUGUUUAUUCGUCGUGCUUCUUGCUUUACUCAUUUAUUUGCUCGGAAGAGCACGGUUCCAUAUUGGUUCCAUAGCAAAAUUUAUUUGUUUAAGGGUUUUGUUUCGUUAAUACGUAGAAUAAUUGUAAUGCUAGUUUCAUUUGUUCAACCUUUAUUGUCUCUCUUAUUGAUUUUGUUCGUUUCCAACACUGUAGUCAAUUUCCUCUUCAAAGUAUCUUCAGCAUAAUUUCAAUUUUUGUGUACAUUUAUAAAUAUCUGAUGAACUACUUUACUUUGUACAACAGUGUUAUUUUGCAAUAAGCCCAAUCAAUUCCAUUGAACAGUCAUUUAGUAUAGUUUUUUUCGGGAAAUAUUUAAGCUAACCUACUGACGUGGAGCUACAGGAUAAUGUCGCGAUUAACUAAAAAUGAACUUAUCAAAUCACUCGAUGAAAUAUCUUGUGAUGAAGGGAAAUAAACUAAAACAAAUUAUCUCACUGUGUAGGGAAACUUGAUAAUAUUAAUAAACUAUGAGAUGGUAAAAACUAGUGGUCAGGCGAAAAUGCAUAAUUCACAGAUAACAUACAACAUAUACAUUUAUACAUAUGGAACUAUAUAUAUAUAUAUUUAUAUAUACAUAUAGAAGCAGACAUAACAAACGAAUUAAGAAGAAGCUCGCAACCAACUAGUAAACAGAAAAAUCUAUUUCAAAAAAUAUGCAGAGGAAUACAAGAAAAUGGUUCAUAAAAGUUAAGUUUUUAUAUAAAUUAAGGCAUACAGUAAGCGAGAGAGAGAUAAGAAUAGUUGAAGCAACCCCUAAGGAACGUCGAUAUAUAUUAGUAUACAGACUAAACAGAAGCAAAGCAAAUGAUUGCGCGAAUGAAAAUUGAAAGAAAAAAAUACAAAAAUUAAGCUUAUAUUACGAACAGUAAGACGAGUAAGUUAACGAGUAAGCGUUUAUAUACAUAUGUUUUAUAUAAAACAAGAAAAUGUAACAAAAUAUCCUUCAAACCAAUAACUAAUCGAUUUGCGAUGAAAAGCAGCAGGUAACACUACAAAAAAAAAACAAAAUCAUAAAUGGUUCCGAUGUCAUUGCAAGUAACUCAUUCGAGCACCUUUAUAGCAUCAAAUAGUGCAUUAAAAGCAGCAGCUGCUACACUGCUAAUAAGUAAAAAACUACCUACCUUAGCCAAAAUAAGUCACAUCAGCGAAAGCAUGAAGAAAUAACCCUUUCCCUACCGUUACGCAAAUGUACGAACCACUUGAUGUUUAGUCAAAGUAACUAAAAAGGUAAGCACAUUGCAAAUCAACAAUCAACAACAAAAUAAACAUACCAUUCACCAAAGCGAAAAAUAAGUGUCGAAGAGCAAUUCUUCCGAGACUAGUAACAAGCAAGCAGAACAUAGAACAUAGGUCAGCUGGCAUAGUGCCUAACACACCCGUACAAGGCAAUAGCGCGACAUUUGAAGAACAGUGACAGCGAAGGUAAUGUGACCAUAGAACAUGUUGGGGUUGCACAGGUACGUAAGGAUGAUACUAAAGUGGCAAUGCCCCGAAUAGGGAACACAGUAAUCUUAGCGUUACUUGUUAUUGCUCUAAGCAGCUGGAUUUUAUGAAGGCAGAAGAUGGAAAAAAGAUUCAUGCUAACCAAACCACAUGAAAAUAAAGUGCAGUUUGCUAAGUC